ACUCGAUGGCACCUUUAUCAAGAUGACCAGGGUUCCCUUUCUAUCUCUGCAGCAUAGACAUUAGAAUCUACCAUCAUCCCAAUCAAACACUACAAAUAAUAUUCCCACGCAACACAACAACAAACAAACAUGGCAACCUCCACACACUCACAAGCAGUCAACAUCAACCCAGAUGUCUUCGACCCAGCCGCCAUCCCCCCCGCCGUCACCGCAUUCAACGACAACCUCAUGGCCAUAACCAAAGACAUCCCAAAUUGGUGGACCGUCGGCGCCGCCAAAUACCGCACCAUGCGUGACGCCGGCCAAACAGCCUUCCCCCCUCUCACAAAACUCACCUCCGCAGCUUCCCUCGACAUUCCAUCCCGUGACUCCAACCGCUCUAUCCCCUGCGCCGUCUUCCACCCGGAACCCACAGCACGCACCCCAAUCAGGGGCAUCUUCAUGCACAUUCACGGCGGCGGCUGGGUCCUCGGCCACGAACGCUCGCAUGACUCCGUCCUCCAGGCCAUAGCCACCACUAACGCCGUCGUCGUCGUCUCCGUCGGCUACCGUUGCGCGCCCGAGCACACCUUCCCCGCAGCACCGGAGGACUGCUUCGACGCGGCGGAGUGGCUAAUUGAACAUGCGGAGGCGGACACCCGGCUCGGGGGCGGUGGUGCGCGGCUGUGCUUUGUGGGCGGCGAGAGCGCAGGCGCGCAUUUGAGUGCGCUUGUAGCGGCGCAUUUGCUAGGGCAUGCGGAUGCGCGGUUCAGUGGGUUUGCGCUCAGGGGGUUGGUGUUGCAUUUUGGGUGUUUCGAUGCUGGGGGCACGCCGUCGGUGGGGCUUUUCCGGAAGGAGUCGCCACUGGUGCUCGAUGAGGAGGCGGUCAUGCGGUUCCGGGACGCGUUUUUGCCGGGGGUUAGGGAUGCUGCUGGGUUGCGGGAUCCGGCGGUGAGUCCGCUGUAUGUGGAUUGGGGGAGGUAUAGGGGCAGACUGCCACCGGCAUUGUUUACGUGUGGGACGGAGGAUUGUUUGUUGGAUGAUACGGUGUUUAUGAGUGCGAAGUGGCAGAUGUGUGGUGGGGUGGCGGAUGUGGUGAUUAUUCCAGGGGCGUUUCAUGGAUAUGUUAUGGUUCAGGCCGAGGGGAGUCAGGCGGAGGUUGGGCUGGCGGCGGUGGAGAGGUUUAUGGACAGGUAUUUGCAGUGACGCGGCUUGACGCAGAUGUUGUAAUAUAAGUAUCUACGAAGCAUAAGGCCAGUAAAAUGGGUGGCUAUGCGAAAGCUCAUGACAACAUAGA